UUACUCAGUGGUUUAGACUCCAUCAUAAAAAUAAAGCUACCAGCUCUGAUGUGCCUUGUAUUUAGGUGCAUCUCAUCUGCAGCAAUAUUCAGCCAGACUUCCCUUAUGAAGUAGUAUUGUAGGGUAUUAAUUAUUCAUAGUCAGUUUAAUUCUUCUUUCUUGCAUAUUUAAUUGCAAUAGCAUGCUGUAUGUCACAGUGAUUUCCCAGAAGAACUGUACACCAAAGGAAAACCAUUCAGGUCGAGAGUCUUAAAUAUGUCCGCGCUAAUCUUUGGUGUUUAAUGUUGGAGCAGAGCAGGAUAUCAUCAGAUGUUUCUUGCAGGGAAACACUUAUGCAAAAUCAUGAUUUCGCUUAACCUUCUCAGCUUAACUCUUCAAGCUGGGGUAGCUGAUUUGAUUUUCCCUCGUGACGUUGACUUGCUCAUUUAAUGAGGGGAAAAAACACUUAAUGGGAGGGAGGACGUGACUUUUGUUUUCUCCUCUGAAGGGGGGAGCCUCUCUCAAAGACAUUGGAAGUGCCAAUCGAUUCCUUCCAGAAGAUGAAGGAAGGGAAUAAGAUUUUUAUUGAGUUCUUUGCAGUGAUCAGAAUAGCAAUGCCAAGUGCUUGUGUGAUUAAGAUUUUAGUUUUUAACAACUAGGAUGGGCUCUUAGUGCUUCGUGUGAGAAGAUAUUGGAGGCGCAGGAACUGCAAAUGCAUUUGCAAUUUGAUUUGCAUCGUCCUCGUUCUAGAGCUGCCCCAGGCUUGCAAGGGACUUGGUGAAACGGAAUCCCUCGCGUUUGGGGGCAGGAUUGUUCUCUGGGAUUUCCUGUAGGAGUUUAAACUUCUGAAAAAUCUGUUUACAAUGUGUCUGAACCAGAGGGUAGAGGACACAGUAGAGACUGUUAUCUGUUUACUGCUCAGAUAAGGAGGUGGAAUAGAUUGCUGGCCCGUUUCUGAACUCUGCUUAAUGAAUGGUUGCUAGGCAAAUUGCAUCUCAAUCAGCUUAAUCCUCAAGAUGUCAUUUACAGGUCUGCUCUUUGUGAGGGCCAGAACCGUGUGCUUUCAAACUGCACAGGCCAGAAAGUGCUAGCAAAGCAGCUUAGAAUAGCUUGCUCAAAAAUUCGGUGUACAUGUGUUGCUGAGCUGCCCAAUUUCAAGUGCCUGUUGUCGCAUGGCCAUGCGCUAGAUGAGACGUUUGGUGAUAGACAGGAGGCAGCAGCAUCCGUAGCAGCAUUCCUGGAUCAGCACAGCACACACACAUCAUAACGUUUUGGCACUGGAUGAACGUGAAAGAAAACGUUUCUAAAUGGGGACUGCACUGCUGACGUGAGGAAAGGUAUUUCUGUUUUGGCUGAGUUUGCUCUGAGCCAGGUGGGGUUUUGGGGUGUAGAUGUGGGAUGUGAUUAACUUUGGCAAACAGGUGAAUAUGGGAGGUGGUGUUACCUGGCACAGGCUGGCCUUGGGGAGAGAGCUCUGAUGGGGUGAGGGCUGGUUGGUUGAAGGCUGCAGCCUGCCUCUGAACUGGUGGGCUUUCUGCUGCAGCAUCAGGAGAGAGGCAGUUAAUUGCGUAUGCUGGUAUGUGUGUUGCCCACAUACAUUAGGCUCGUGAUUUAGUCCAAAGGAAAAAGUUUCCCAGCACAGUUAAGCUUUAACAGUCUCUCUGUAAGGGAAGAUAACGAGAUAUUUGAUUUUACUAAUUUUCCAUGACAGAGAUUAAUCAUGUUGCAGGCAGAGAGCAUUGUUCUUUGCAUGGCUACACCUUCCUAUCCUCUGAAAUACAUCCUCUACCAAUGCUGUGUGUCAUGACACUGUAAAUGCAAACUGGAAAAGGUUGGACUUGUUGAAUGCUGAAACCAUUUUAGAACUGCUUAUGGUCACUGUGUGCUGAUAUGAAAUGUGCUUCACGUGGCUUGGUUAUUUAAAGUGGAGGUGAAAGCGUAGUCUGAACUUUGCAGUGCUUGCAUAGUUUGGAUGUGUGCGGCUUUUGUGUUAGUCAAAAAUACUGUUAGAAUUGUAGGAAAAGAUGGGAUUAAAAUGUUGAGAGCCUCUCCAAAUAAAGCAUAAAUAAAAUAUUCCACCUUAGUCACCAGCAGAAAUGACUGCGGUGCUUGCAUCUUGAUGCUGUAAAUGGGAAGAGGACUGUGGAACAGAAGACUUUGUGAUCAGAGAGUGCUUUUCAUGCAAAUGAAGAUUUUAUUACAUGCUGCUGAAUCAGGGGCUUGUGUAGUGAGAACAGCACAGAAGUGAUAAGAUCACUCUGUCAGAGCUUGAAAUUUUGCCCAGCAUGUCUUUCAGAUCGCUGAAACGGGCAAGAAACCCUCUUGUUAAGGGCGCAGCAGUAACUGAUAGAAUAUUUGGGGGCAGAGCUUUUUCUUCAUGGUACAGUCUGUCUGCAGCAUCCUGCCACGUGUCCACUGCCCUGCUGUCAAAGCAAUGAGGAACUGCAACCUGCAGAUGACCCUGCAAGGCAGCAGAGUCAAAAAGCUCUGGUUCCUGAUGGGAUCCCAGUGCUGCUCGUGCUCAGAUGGGUACAGAUCUCUGCUGCAAGCUGGGAGCCCUUAGCAUUGAUUAGAGCAGAUCUGUCCAUCCUUUUGGCUGCCACAUCCUGUGCUGCCUGUUUCCCAGUCAUGCCAAGUGUUUUGCCCUGGAGGGCACCCAUCCAGGACCAGCUCUGUUGGUUUUCCUUUUGUAUUUGUUAGCUGGUGUCAUCUUCCCAAUGUCCUCCUUUCAUGGAUAGAACCGGUUUGGUUUACUGAGGGCUCUUGUUGCCAGCAGGUGAAUGGAUAUGUGUAGUGGAAUAGGCAUUUAAAUCUUCCCCUGCAGAUGGGUAGUGUUCAGCAUCCUGAUGUGACCUUGGUAAAAGUUCUCUGGUGUGUUACUUUCCCUCUUUAUUUAUCUCUCCUCCUGUGUAGCAGCUUUCUUUACAUCUGAGCUAUUGGAAAUCUGUCUUCUCUUCCUCCCUCCAGAGACACUGUCAGCCCAAGCUACUUAGAUUGAUGCCUGAAUAUUCUGCUUUUGCACAAUCAGGAGGCAUUCAGUGAAGUAGCAAGAGGAGAGGAAAGUUGAAGAUUUAGGACUGACGUUUUUAGACACUUUUCAGUCCAUGAUUUUGAAUAGUCCUGGGGAGGAAGGUCAGAGGCUUCCUUCACAUGGGAUGCCCCCAUAUGUGUGGGCUGAGCAUCCAUCAACGCAUAUAGCACAGGGGAGAAACAUGCUUAAUUGCCAUCAGACUGCAGCGUGGAGCUCUUCAUAUUUCAAAUUCUCGUCUGAAGAGUCGAGGAACAAAAUCUAAUCCUGCACAUUCCUGGAGAGUUUCAGAGCAGCAGGACGGAACCUUUCCCCUGUUUUUUCUCAUGCAAAUGAUGGGAAGGAUUAUGGAGUGUUUGAAAUCUGGUUUAUACUGGCUUCUGAAUUUCAUUUCAAAUAAACAUCUGGAGGGCUUUUUGAUCUCCUGUGCAAGACUGUUGUCUGCCUCACUCCUUAAAAUGACUUCUGCUUAAUUUCUAGUGAAAGGCAAAGACCUCAAUCCUUUCGGCCCAGAGGCCAUCUAAAUGGUUCACCUUCUGCAGUUAGGAAUUUCCAGGAGCACACAGCCUAUCCCACAGGUAUUGUAAAUCCUUGCCACUUGCGUGGCAGUGAUAGAUAUCUCUUUCUCCUGUGCUGCUACUUGGGAUCUGCAGGGCUGCUGCCUGUAGUGUAGCUCGUACUUCUGCAAAGCCUCAUUCUCCCAGUGCUGAGCACGUAUCCCAGUGGAUGCUCCGUUAGAGAAUAACAUUCCUGUCCCUUUGCAGCUUUGAAGUCCAAAGCCCUCCUCCGGAAGAUUGCCACUGUUUGCCUUCAUCCCACCGUCAGAGCAGUGGAGCAGUGCCCCACAGGGAGUAAUCAGUUAUUUAUUCAAAUAGCCGUUUCAUUUGGAGUAUGUGUUCUCUUAUUUGACAGGAGCUCACUCCUCUACUCUUCACUGGACACUGAAAAUGUGUGCCCAUGGCGAGAGCGCUGGGUAUGUGCUUCCUCUGUCUUUCUGGCUUUGAAAUGGGUUCCUGUUGCUCUUUGGCAGACCCUGAAGCAGCCGUCUGUGGAAGCAGCGUAUUCAGAGCGAGAGUGACUUUACUUCUUUGUUUUCUCUCUCUAUUUAUGUCUGUAUAGGAUCAGCUGGUCCCACAUUAUGUGUGAAGUAGUUAAAUUUUAGCCUGCAUCUGUAGGAUGUGAUUUCCCCCCCCUCUCCUGCAGUCCCUUUGAUCAAAUCAAAUACAAAUGCAGCGCUUUCAUUUCUAGUUUUGUAGUUUCAAAGACAAUCUCUUGACAUGCUCUAGCAGCCUGGACCCGAGUCUUUUGCCUUAGUCCAAAGGCACACUGUGUCUUGCGCCUUUCUCUGUAUCAGCAGUUGCAAUCUGCAUUGGCUUUUAUCUGUAUCAAAAGACAAAUGGAAGAGAGCAAGACACUGCAGGAAUGGGAAGCAGACUUACAUGUGCAAUGGGAAUAUGUAAUCCUUAGGUUCAGUUUGCCACAUGGAGUACAGACCAGUUUCUGCUUUGGAAAUCUGUAGCCUUUCCUCCCAGAAACGUGAGUUUAGAUUUUAGGCUUUGAAGGCUGGUUAAUCCCACAUGAAUUUUCCUGUGAUGUCAACCCUUUCCUUCUAAAUACUGGUUGGUUUGGGUUUUUUUUUUUUGCAUAUGUCAACUAUACAAAAGCAACACAAUUUGAGAAAUGAGCAUUCAAACACUCUGUAAGCACUUUAUUUUUGUCUGCUUUGUGAGCAGCUGAACACAUGUCCAGGCUGAAAUACACUGAGCUGCUGCUUCCCAGCAGUGAGGCAGCUCCUGGCCACACAGAACUUGGAACUCUGUCCAGUAUCCUGAAAAAAACCUCUCCAUCCUGGCAAAGCACAUCUGCACAUCUCCUGCUCAGCUGCAUCCCCAGGGAAAGGAUCCCAGCUAAGCCAUGUUAAAUCAUACCCAGUUUCUCAGUGAGAUGAGAUGAGAUGGUCGCUGUCAUCGUGAUGAAGAUCUGCACUGUGUCUGAUGGCGUUUGGAAUGUCACAGUACGUGGUACCUCUUCAGUGGCAGUGCUUAAAGCAAAGUGUGUUUCUCUCUCUGCACUAAGGAGUCAGAUUCAGCUAUUCAAAGCAAGUUGCUAAAUUGCUUUUCAUUAAGUGUCUGAGCGCCAAGGGGUUUGGUGUGUGUUCCAAGGAAAAAAAAUACAUUAAUUACAGCUAUUGUGGAGCAUUUAUCAAUCACACAGUUACAAACAGUGCUAAUGCAGUUAAUUGAAGGUAGAAAAAUUUACCUUUUGAAUUUGGUGACUGUAGCAAUUCCAUGGCUGGAAAGACAAGUUGCCUGGAAGUUAAAAUCAAGCAAUACUUUGGGGAUUGCCUGAGUAACCGUGUCUCACACGGUGUUCACAGGGGCUGUGCUGCCCUUUAGCGUGAGAUGCUCUAUGGAGGUCAGGGCUAUUACAGGCCAAGUUAUCAGCAGCUCAGCAUUCAUGUGGGUGGGUUUGUGCUGUGUUUGCUGUUGGGCUGUGGUAGCAGCAUUUGUUCUCUUCUUGCCCACACAGCCAGGUUGUGUUUUCCGUGCACAGGGAUGUCUCACUGACUGUAGUACAGUUACAGCUGCCUCUUGUGGCCUGUCUAUACAAGUUAUGUAUAUUUGUGUGUCUGGUGUUGGUUUGUUUUGGGGUUUCUUAAGGGAAAGGCAAGUGUAGAGGAGGAAGGAUGGGCAGGAGCAAACUAAAGUCUCCUGCCCACCUGUAGUCAGUAAAACUGACUGUGGGAAAUAGAAGCCUUUUGUGUGUGUAAGCUUUGGAUGCAGGCAAUGUGUUGGCAGCAUCUGAAGGAAUCGGGUGAGAUCCCACUGAAGUGUUCUAUCAGGUCUGCAGACAAAAACCUCUGGUGCUUGUGGUGCACAGAGGUUUUGGAACAUCUUGCACAUUCGUGUUGCGUUCCCUGUGGCUGUUUUGAACUGCCAGCACUGCAGCUGGCUGGGUUUCAUGCUUCUCAGGAAAGCACUGAGUACAGCAAAGACUUUUUAUAGUAGCUCACAAUUAAUGUAUUUCUUCUGUUGAGUUGUUACGAGAUGGCCUUUGCAUUUCUUGGGGGAUUGAUAAGGACACUAAGUCUGGGUCAGGACAAGGGGGGCACCAGCGCCUGGUUUGGAAGGUUGGCAGGAAAACAUCAUCCCAGUGUCUGGUCCAGCUCUUCAGUAUUCACCUGGUGGCUUGUAUUUGCUGCUGGUUAGGGUUUUGUACGUGCGUUGCAGCUUCUGUUUGAGGUUCUUAGAAUGCUUUUCAUCUUUACAGUACGUUGCACGAUAUCUCUUAAGUACAGAAGGAGGUCUUAUCUUGCCCUUACAAAUGGUAAAAUGUGUAUCUAAGAGCUGGUGUGUCCGUGCUCCAGCAGGAAGCUCUGGCACUGUGCAGUUAGACAGAGCUCUCCAGUUUUGUGUCUUAAAUACAAAUUUGCUGUAUAUUUCUCCACGUGGUUUGUAAAUGGGCUGUUAAAAAUUCACUAUAGGUGGGACCUUAAUUCAGUAUCCAAAGAGCUAAAUACCAAACCCAAGCCACUGGCAGUGUGAUUGGACAGGUCAAAGUGGUACACACACAUAGCCAAUGCAAACUGAAAUCCAUCCCCUGUGAGCUGCCCGCCUGUGUUCACAGCCACCAGCGCCCCUGGCCUGCAAGUGAGUCACUUCUUACUAUUUUAAUUAAUAUGCAAGUUCAGUUUUCUGUUUUGUAUGAAGCCUCAUUCAUUCUUACCUUAUUUGCAAAUAUUUCUCAUUUUCAGGGGAAUCUGUUUUUAAAACUGGCCUCAAAGCGUGUUUCUCAGUAUCUAACCAGCGUCUGGUUUGCUGUUCGUGUGUUGCAUAGAGGUGGAAUUUGUUCAGAGUUAGCUCUGAAAUAAUAUGUGUGGUUUUAACAAUCAGCUUGCAAUAAACAGGGGAAGAUGGCUUCUUCCCUACUCGGGGAACUGUCCUAAACUGUGACUUCUGACGAUAUUCUAGAAAGAAAAACCGUCAUGUUGGUGUCAUGUGCAGCCACAAGGAUUUCUGUAAGUCAUGAUUAAGACUUUAAUUCUGGGCUUUUACAGAGCAAGUGUGGAACAAGUGAAGAUAACGGUGAUCUGUGCAAAGCAGCCACUAGAGAGGGAACUAUGUCAUGUUUCCUUUCCCCUUUGCCUAGCCUGCUGUUUGCUGCACUUAAGAACAGCUUCCUUUUGAGAUCUGAGAAGGCGAGAAAGUUGAGAGGGAGGAAUUCUGGCUGAGAGCAGCAUGAGGAAGCUCAGAGCUCUUGCAUGGCUUUUGUGGCAAAGUAAAACCCAGAAUUACAUCCUCGUGCUCUCCCAGACAUCGAACCCAUAGGAAAGCUGCAUGUAACACCAGUGUGGUGCAGGCUCUUGCUAAGGAUGUUGAGGUUACAACUGCAACCUCUCCACUAUGGGAAGGGGGUCAAUGGGUAUUCUGGUCUCUUAUCACUUGAAGGCAGAAGGAAGUUGCAUAUGAGGAUGGAGAAUGUCUGUUGAUGGGAAUGUGUGGUGCCUCCAGUGGGGUGUGUGUUAGCAGCAUCCUGUAGUGCGGUAGUUGCCGGGCUGUGCUGGGUUGGAUGGAAGUCAUCGCAGCUAACCUUAGCACCCCAUGAAAACAUGCACACUCGUAUCUGGGACACUACACAGAAAAUGAGAUCUGCACAGUAUCCUACCCCAGCAGAAUUGGAUGCUUAUGCUAAGAAGGUCGCCAACAACCCACUGACUAUAAAAAUCUUCCCAAACAGUGUCAAGGUUCCCCAGAGGAAACACAUACGCCGUACUGUGAACGGACUUGAUACUUCGGGCCAGAGGUACAGUCCUUACCCAUCUCAGGCCACCACCAAAACGGGCCUCCUGGCGAUAGUCAAAUCUCCAGCAAAAGGAAUUAUCAAAGACUUUGACGGGACACGCACGCGUCUGCUGCCGGAAGCGAUGAUGAAUCCCCCUUCCACCCCUUACGUUGCACCUAGCACUUUAACCCACCCCCAGGCGCUUGCUCGCCAGCAGGCUCUCCAGCAUGCACAGACUUUGCAGCACCCCCAGAGUAUCCCGCAGCCACAGACUUUGCAGCACCCUCAGGGUAUACCCCAGCCACAAAGCUUACCGCACCCUCAGGGGAUCCCGCAGCCGCAGGCGCUGCCGCACCCUCAGAACAUGCAGCAGCCUCAGGGCUUGCAGCAUCCUCAGACCAUGGCACACCAGACUCUGCAGCACCCCCCAAAUCCUUUGCUGCAGCCGGGUUUACAUGGAAGCAGAAAGAUGCCGGAUGCAGACGCGCCGCCGAAUGUGACCGUGUCUACCUCAACCAUUCCCCUCUCUAUGGCUGCCACCCUGCAGCAGAACCAGCCACCGGACCUGAGCAGCAUUGUGCACCAGAUUAACCAGUUCUGCCAGGCCAGAGCUGGCAUUAGCACUACCUCAGUGUGUGAGGGACAGAUUGCAAACCCCAGCCCUAUAAGUCGCAACCUGCUUAUCAAUGCAAGUACCAGGGUAUCUACUCACAAUGUCCCUACACCCAUGCCUUCCUGUGUAGUUAACCCUGUAGAUCAUGCUGCUGCUGCUAUUCCUCCUGCCUCUGUUAAUGUGCCCAUGGUGAAUAUUAACAGGGUGCCGCCCGCGUACCAGAACGAAAUCAAAUCGGUUGCGUGGAACCAGCACCAGCUUGCACAUCUGCAGCAAAUGUGUGGGGAUGCUGCUGGGCCUGCUGGACUCGCAGGGAAGCACCCCCAGAGAGAGAUCACCGGGCAGAGCUUCCCUGUCAAAACUUCAAACUACCCUCAAGAACUGUGCAUGGGCCAGUCCUUCAGCUUGAAGCCCCCCAUCGAGAAGCCUACACCUUCUCCACCUGUGAACGGGUUGCAGGGACCCUUGCCAUAUACCAAUGGGCACUAUUUCCAGCCCAUCUGGAAUAACAUUCUGCCCACACCCAACAGUGACAGCUCUGGGUCCCAGGACCUCGCCAUGCCUUUCCACGGGGGACAGCCGGCAGGAGCACCGCUAGAUUGUGCAGGAGGAACUCAUUACAGAGCUGGAGCUGGCCCAUCCAGCCAGAAUAACGUGAUGCAGACCAUGGAUUACCUAAGUGGGGACUUCCAGCAGUCCUGCUUCAGAGAUCAGAGCAUGGCCGUGCUGGGAAAAGUCCAUCGGCCUCCCAUGAACCGAGCACCUGAACCAACCGAUAGUCGAAAUCUUCAUAUUCAACACCCAGGGUAUAGAUAGGCUGCAGUCACUUUCACAGACAAAAAAAAACAUAGAGGUUUAGUCUUAAUUUUAAUUAAUAAGCAAGGCAUUUUUAACUUGCAAACUUGUGUGAUCAUUAUAGUAACCAUCAGAAGAAGACAUACUGUAUAUUUAAAAGCUUUGCUUACGUGUUACCUAUCUCCUUUCUGUAUCAGAUACUUAACAUGCCUUUUGUGUCAGAGGAUUUCAUUACACUACUUCACACCACAGCCCUUUCCUCACCAUAGAACCCCCUUCUGUGCAGCUUCUGCUUAGCAGCUCCUUGCUGGACUGAUGUUGAGUUGCUGCAGGGUUUCGCCAGCUCCAUCAAGAGCAAGGUAGCGUAGCUGCUUAAAUUUCCAUCUCCGUUUCCUCUGAAGAUUAAGAGCAAGAGGAUUUGUCAGGAAGCAGGGCUUAUUUUCAGCCGAAAGCCCAUUUCAUUAAUGCAUUAAACAUUGACCAUUUGCACUGUCUAAAGGCCUGUUUAAUUGAAAAAGAAGCCUAUGUUUGAAACGAGCUAGCUACGGGGAUGUACUUGGGCAUGAAUACAGGACGAAGCUCUUCAGCUCUUCCUUGACCACCUUUGUCAUUUUAGACUUUGUCCAAAGUCAAAAGUCUCCGGCAGGUAUUUCUGACACUUCUUUCUUUUGCAGACAGGGUAUGGAGAAGGGGGGGAAUGGUGGGUUUAGGAGGCAGCAUAGCUGCCAUAGGUCGCUGCCUUUUCUCUGCAUUGUAUUUCCCUUCCCCACUCCCUUUUUUGCCUAAGAGCUAGCUUUGUCUGAACCCCUCGCUGCUAGGAGUCUGGCUGUCCUCAUGUGAAGGCAUCCAGACCCACUGACAACUCCAAAAAGGGUUCAGCUUUUUGGUAGCUAAAAUGAAUUUCAGGGUGAGGAGAUGUAAUCAGUGCUCAGGGCAGUGUGGCACGGUCCCACUGCUGUGAAGCUCUGCUCGUGAGCCGCCGUGGGACCAAUGGUCCCAUAUUCCUCUCCUUCGGAACACCACAGCAGGUUUAACAGAACAAUUCCACUCCCUGGGGAUUAGCAAAGCUCUUUCUAACAUCCCUUUAUCCCAGGGUCUCGGUGCCUAACUCCUCUUGUUCCUUUCCCACAUCACUUCCAGCAGCUAGUCGAGUCGGUGACCGUAGGACACUACUGAGUAACCUCAGCAUCUUGUUCCCCUCAGCGUUACCACAGCACACCUUUUCCUUCCUAACAGCUGGAUUUCUUGUAAGUAGAAAAUUCCUCAUCUCCGUUAAUGAGACUAAUACUUGAACAUAAUGAUCACAAUCAAGUUUGGAAAUUAAAAAAAAAAAAGAGAAAAAAAGAGAAAAAAUCAAUAAAAAAAAAACCUAAAUGCAUUGAUUCUUUAUAUGUACACUGGCUAAAAACUAUUGCUCUACACUGUAACUUUUAAGUGUAAUAUUUCUGUAUGAAUGUCGCCUGGUAGUGUGGGUUUGAGUAGCAUUGUGUAUGGGUGAACCCACUUGGCCUCAGCCAUCCACUGGCCUCCCUCACAGCCCUUGGAAACAAACAAA